AUGUUAAGGAUUGCUCUCAUCAUAGGUAGCACGCGCACGCCGCGGGCAGGUAGUCAUGUUGCUACCUGGGUGCAUUCCAUCCUCAAGACUCGUUCUUCAGACAGUCUCACCAUCGAACCUCUCUCCAUCGCAGAUUUCAACCUCCCCGUCUAUGACGAACCCGUUAUGCCUGCUAUGGUGCCUGCCAUGAAGCAAUUCACCCAUGAGCACUCCAAGAAAUGGUCCGCCGCCAUCGCCUCCUUCCAAGGGUACAUCUUCGUCAUUCCAGAGUACAACUACGGCCUUGCUGGCGGUACCAAGAACGCGGUCGACUAUCUGAAGAACGAGUGGCCAGGAAAACCAGUCGCGAUUAUCAGCUAUGGCGUGCACGGCGGCAGCAAGGCGAAUGAGCAGUUGGCGGAGAGCUUGGGGAUCGUUAUGCAAAUGAAGGUCGUGCCUACUAAAGUGCUACUGCCGUUUGCGGCAGGGUCGGAUCUGAUGUCCGCAGUUAAUGAGGGGAGGAUUGGAGACGCGAGUCUAAAGGAGUGGGAGGAAAACGGGAAGAAGGAUGAAAUUCUGAAAGCUGUGGCAGAGAUUGCGGAAGUAUUGAAGCUGGAAGCGAAGGUUGAGGAUGUUUUGGAGAGGAAAGAGUAAACGCUUUGCUUACUUGGAGUGCUCUAUAGGCGCGGGACUUGCUGUGAAACUGCAUCAUAUCCAUUAUAUCUGAAGUCA